UAAACAAUUGGACCGAAAAGGCGAAAGGCUGUCACAAGAAAGAGGCUCACGAGACGUUCUGCUGGAUUUGGACAGAUGAGUGAAAGAUGUCAGUGUGGUUUCCCUGAUCUGUGCACACUGGAGCUGAGCCAUGGCGGAGGUGCUGGGGCAGAAGAGCUUGCUGGGAGUAUGUGUGUUGGUGGCCUGGUUAGUGCUAUUCCAUCUUCUGGUAAACAUCUGGCUGCUGUGUGUCUUUACCAGUCUCCUUUUGGUGCUUGGGGGCUGGCUGGGCUCUCAGGCUGCACUGGACUCCAAUACUGUCCUUCACCUGGAGAGGUUUAUUACAAUGGAGCAGAUUUCUCCAUCGAAGGAGGACGAAGAGAAGCUGGAUCAGGAAAUUCACAAGACAGUGAGAAAGAUCAUCCGAGACUUUGUGACAUCCUGGUACUCCACUGUGUCCACUGAGAAACACUUUGAAUCUGAUGUACAUGACGCUAUGAUCUACAUGGCCAUGGAGCUGAAAAGACGAGCUAGACAAGUGGAUAGAAAGGAAUUGACCCAGAGAAUACUGGAUCUGUUUGGAUGCCACUUGCAAGAUUUCCUAAAAACCAAACAGCUAGUGCCUCAACAGCAGCGGAGUGUCAAAUGGGACGGCGAGAGGAUGUGGCGAGCCUACUCCAGCACCACCCCUCCGCACGUGGCUAUGACCAGUAAAGGCUUGGAGAUAAACUACAUGAGAGCAAUAGUGGAUUUACUGUUACAUGUUCUGGUGCCAUCUCCUCACUUAGAAACCCGCAGUGGCCGCUUUGUUGUUGGGGAGCUCAUCACUUGUAACGUGAUGCUUCCACUGAUUGAUAAACUGUCCGACCCUGACUGGUUAAACCUCUUAGUGAUUGCGUUAUUUGGAAAAAAUAGCAUGCAAGUAGAUGGUAUUGAAGAAAAUCCAACUCCUCCAUUGCCCACUAUUGAAUCUGAACCUUCUCUUAUUGAGUCUACACCUGAACAGCUAAGUAUAGAUACAGAAGCAGUAACUGAUAAGCAAGUGCCCAGUAAUGUAGAGAUGCCUACACCAGAGAUCCCAACAUAUUUUAAAGAGGAUUUGGAUGGCGUGCAAAACACAGAAGACGAUGAGCCCACACAACCCUUUUUGAGGCAUUUUCUGCGUGGAAGUAAAUCUAAUCCGUUUUACCAAGAAACUGAUUCUGAUUUAGACUCACCAUUAACUGACUAUCAACAGAGCUCCUUAGAUUCCUUGGUUAUGAUUGGUCAAGACGAGGGAAUGGGCGACAAGCAGAAAGAAGGUGCUAAAAACAAUGGGCUUGACUUAGAAGAUGUUUUUUCAAAUGACAGUUUAUGCCCUAAAGUUUUGGUGAAUUCACAACCUGUAGAAAACACAAAUAGUUGUUUAAUAUUGAAAGCAACAGAAGGCACAACUGGCAACAUUCAGGCUAUGGAUAAGGAGCUUGUACCGCCAUUUAACCCCAGCAAAGAGCUUCUUUUGGGAGUGGAGCAGACUGGAUUGACAAGCCCAAAUGAGUUGACCGUAGUGAGUCCAUCCCAGAUAACCUCUCCCCUGGCCACGUUCAGUUUUGAGCCCCUGAGCAGCCCUGAAGGACCAGUGAUCAUCCAGAACCUGCGCAUAACUGGCACAAUCACAGCCAAAGAGCAUCGCGGCACCGGAUCACACCCCUACACUCUCUACACCAUCAAAUAUGAGACAGCGAUGGGUUGUGAAAACCAGGAGAGUAUGCAGCCAAUCUCUGAAGAGGCAGAAGCACAGGCUACAUCUGACAGUCCCACAGCGGUUCAACAGAUUGCCUACCACAUGGUGAACAGGAGAUACAGUGAGUUUCUGAACCUACAAACAAGACUGGAGGAGAGGGCCGACCUGAGAAAGCUCAUCAAAGGGGUGAAGGGCCCAAAGAAGAUAUUCCCCGACAUGCCUUUUGGAAACAUGGACAGCGACAAGAUAGAGGCCAGAAAAGGAUUGCUGGAGACAUUUUUGAAACAACUCUGUGCCAUUCCUGAAAUAGCCAACAGUGAGGAAAUGCAGGAGUUUCUGGCUCUAAACACAGAUGCCCGGAUUGCCUUUGUGAAGAAACCUUUUAUAACAUCUCGUAUAGACAAGAUUGUGGUGAAUGCCAUUGUGGACACACUGAAGACUGCCUUCCCUCGUUCUGAACCGCAAAGUCCCACAGACGAUACUGAUGAGCCCGACGGUUUGAGAAUGGCAACUGACAAGAAAAACAAGUCUCGUCUGAAGUUUGCCACUAAAAAUGUCCCCUUUAUGAAUGGCUCAGAUGUCAGACCACCUCCUCUUUUCACUGUUGACCAGAAUGGCAAUGUUUUCAAUGGGAUGACCUUGGGAGAUCUGGAAGCCUUUAUUUAUGAUCGGGAGAAACUAGCCUUAAGACAAGACUCAUAUACAGCCGACAGCCCCAUAGCCACAGAAAUUACACUUUCUUCAAACAGCGAAACAAGAUCCAAGUCCAAUGAAGAACUGGUGUCCGAGACAGCGUUGGCAGAGGUGACCCUGAACAUCUUGUGUCUGCUGAUGAGAGAGCAGUGGAGCUGGCUCUGCACCGAGAACAUCCAGAGGACCAUUCGACUACUGUUUGGGACCGUCCUCAACAGAUUUCUGGAUGUGAGUGUGGCUAACCUGUUGUGCACCAGGUACUGGACCAUGUAUCUGCAGGUCAUACAGGAAGCAGUGUGGCCUGGGGGCACGUUGCCCACCGCUCCAGAGGUGGUCCGCACUCAGCAGCAGAAAGAUGACACUAAACAGGAAGCACUGCAGUGUCUCAUGCAACUUCUACCAGAUCUGAUUUCUGAUAUGCUGGGAUCGGACAAGUAUAAGCUCAGCUGGCAAAAUGCACUAGACUCUCUACAGGAUCCAUACAUUAACAGACACCUGGUUUACUGUAUAUUUGACCUGCUUUUGGAGUACCUUGUUCCUGAAACAUCUGAGGAGGAUUUUCAAAGAAGCCUUUUGCAGAGUCUGUCUAAAGUCCCAGAGAAAAUCCAGGCCUAAACAGAGGAUCAGUCUUGUUUAACUUAUUCAGCCUCUCUUUAAGAAUGUGGGUGAGUGUAUUCGGUGUGUGCAGGUCUGCCCCAUUUUCAAAUCUGACUCCAAUUUGAACACACAAACCUACUGCAGCUUUGAUUACAUGGCAGUGCCUGUUUCGUGUUUGAUGUCCUCUCCUCCUCUCGGACCACUUCCUAUUUAUCAAACUGUAGCAACUAACUUCAGAUGGUCCUUUCUGAGUCUACACACCUGUUACGUAAAUCUGUGGGCUCAACAUUUGUUUCCGUUCUUUACGAAAUAUCUGCACAUUGCUGUUGGAAUAACGCUCUUUUUCUUUUCUUUUCUUUGCCAUAAACUCACAGUCUCCCAACUCAGUACAAGAUGCUCAUGAUCUAUAACAAGAUCCAUAAUUCCCUAAUCCAAGCCUACCUGAAGGAUUGUCUCUAUUAGAAAUCUCUUGUAUUUUUUCAUGUAGUCUCUUAUAUCCACUGUGAAGUAAGGAAGUUAUGGUUUAUCUUUUCACUACAUAUCUGCACUAAUAAUAUCUCUCUUAGGGUUAUUGUUUAAACAAACCAUUGAAAUGCCAACAAUCUGCCAAUAUGUUCCACUUUUUUAGUCAUUAAAAUGAAGUGAAAAUGUGCCAUUAUGAUUUUUUUUUUAAUGUUGCGUCUUAAAGUCAGUCUGUUGAGUGCACAUUUUAAAUAGCAUAAUAUUGCUUAGAAUUUGUACAUGAAUUCUUCACAUAUUUUUCAUCAGGUAUGAUAAACAGGCAGGGUUUUGGUCAGAUUUUGUCCAAUAUAUGUGUAUUUUCUUUGUGAUAUUGAGAUUUUUUUUUUACUAUAUCGGCUAUUGGCCUUAAAUCUUCAGCACAUGCCGAUAUUUUAUUUUGGUUUGCUGCCUAAAAUACACACAAAACUUUAUUUUAAUACAAAGACAUAACUGCACAGAGUGAGACUACGCAGCGUUAUUAAAGGAUUGUGGUAAAAAGGGGCUGUGGGUGCGUUUGUUGUAAAUUUAAAUACCAUAAUUUGAGAAAAAUAAUUAAAAUUGGCCCCACAUAUCGCCUCAAAAAUAUUGACAGUUUAUUGACUGUUGGUUUCUCUGGACUUUAAACAGUCAGCAUUGGCCAUGAAAAAGAAGGUGCCACCUUCAAAAAGUUCAGCUCUGUUGCUUUAAAGGUAAAUUUUUGCAUCUUAUAAGCAAUGAUAGUAAUCAACAACUUUGCCACCUGCUAGCCUUAUCAAAAAAAUAAAAAGGUUUAGGCAUGUUUCAUAGCAACAGAAGUUUACAUAUUACUGCAACCGGAACUAUGUCUUCACUCCUGUCCCUGCGGAGCGUACUACCUAGCACUAACCUUAUAUUAAAGUGCACCACUAACUUACUCUACAUUCCUUAUUUUCCUGGCAUUGAUUGGUGUUUGUUGUCGUGGGCAAAAACAUAAGCUUGUCUUUUGUUUACAUUUUUGUGAUGUGUAUGUAAUUCCUCUUUACUAUGUUAUUGUUACUCUUUUGCACUUUUGAUCUGUUGAAGUAUGUUGAUUUCCAUUGGGUCAAACUAAACUUGUGUCUUAUUAAGAGCAUUAUGUUUUUUUUUGUUGGAUGUUGCCUUACAAGUGAUUUUUGAAUGAAGUUUGAAUAUUAAUAAUUGACUGCCUUAUUAGAAGUGAGAAGUAAGAACAUUUCAACGUCUAUAAUUAUCUGUGCCAGAUUUUGUGAUUAGAAAAAAUGUUGCUAACUUGUCUAGAAAAUUUCAAAUGUUCUGAAGGACAGAGUCAAUUGACAUGUUAAUUAUUUUAUUUUUUAUUUUAUUUUUUUUUGCCUUCAUCAUUAUUGUGUUUAAGUGUUUAAUAUAUUUUUGUGCACUAAAAUGUUAAUUGUGAACCACUUGACCACUUUCAAUAGACUAUUAAAAUAAUGUAUAACUAAUAUAUUAUGUCAGUAUAUUAUGUCUUCACAUAAUGAAUACAUGCCUUCAAUGUGUCUAACAUAGUGCACUUUUGUAGUUUAAAGGUGCAUUGUGUAACUUUUGUGGUGGACGGUCCAUCAACUGCUUUUCUUCAUGGAGAUGUUAUCACUUUGCCUGGAAUGUUUUAGGUCAGAUCUGUGGAGAGGCAACGCCCCUUUUUAAGGUAUUUUUGAGCUAUAAAAAACACCUAUAAUUUCAUAAAUGUAACUUAUCCAUAGAAACAAGCAGGUGACGGACCUCCAACAAAAAAGUUACACAAUGUGUCUUUAAAAAAUAUUAUAAUUGUUAUCUGUUGCAGCAUUGGCAAAGGCAUAUUACUUUAUUUGUCUGAUUUUAUUGCUUCACUUAAACAUGUGUAUCCUGUCUCUAUUCCUGGGCACACGUGUGAAAUAAAAACAAUAAAAACUACCAUAUGCAGUUAUGAAA